AAACAGACAAACGCACGCUGGUUUUGAAUCUUUGCCAGGUUUGGUAGACUCCUGCAAUGCCAGGUUUUGAGCACAACACAGAGGAGAGGCCAUCUCUUGGAUUCGUGUUCUUCAAAACGAAAACUGUCCUUCAGGCUCAAACGAUUGAUGGCUUCUCCAAAAAGAGACGGCGGAUGUGGCCUCAUGGAGUUGAGCACUUUCCGCCACAGAUGUGUAUGGCGCAGAUGGCGCCUAUGAGAGACGUUUGGGAGGUGCCUCCCUCGUGUGGAUCUGCAUGCGGGUUUCAGAACUUUGACGGGAAUCAGCUCCAGAACUUCGAGGGCUGGUCCCCAUCCAUGCCGUCCAUGGUUUCCAACAUGAUGCCAAACCUGUCGGUGGACACUGCGGCGCCGUUUUCGGAACCGGAGGAACGUCGCUACAGUGGCACGGUGAAAUGCUUUUACGGGGAGAAGCACACGGGUCACGGCUUCAUUUUCUGUCCAGACAUUUAUCAGCGGACGGGGCAGGACGUGUAUCUGCACGCGCGGCAGGCGCAUCGCUGCGAGGUGGGGGACGAGGUGAGCUUCACCAUUGUCUUCAACUCCCGCAGGGAGCCUCAGGCGCGGUCCGUGGUGCGGAAGCAGGACGAGGGCAAGUUCCUGUCCAGGAAAAAGCAGGAGGCCGAGAAGCAGGCAUCUGCAUUGCAGCAGAAGCGCUCGCUGCCUGUGGUGGAAGUGCCCAGUCAGCCGGGUGCCGUCAUGACCGAGGAGCAAGCCCGCAAGUUUCAGAAGUCCUUGAAGGGCUAUCGAUGAAAGGGUUGUACAAAGCGCCAGAAGGAUUUCGAUGUACAAAGUGCCUCAUAGGCAGUGAACGGAUUCCAUGCCCCGGCGCCCGACCUGCGCGUGGA